AUGCUUAAUAUUGCUGGGAGAGAAGCGAUUGAAAAGGAAAGGUCGUUCGUGUAUUCACCGGCUGUACGCAAUGAAGCAAAUGAAAUAAUCACACCGGCAGAGACGAAAGAAAGCAUUGAAGUCCUCAAACGAAAAUUUAAAGAAAUCUGCAAUCCGCAGGGGAAUGUAAUCAUGGAAAGACACAAGUUUAACGUAAGAAACCAGAGAGAUGGUGAGUCUAUUCAAUCUUAUGUUUCUGAUCUCCGUAUAUUAGCCGAUACAUGUGAAUACGGCACAAUGAAAGAUGAAUUUAUUCGUGACAAAAUAGUGUGUGCCUGGUAUUAUAUCGGACAGGGUUCGAAAGCAGUUACUAAAAGAAAGAGCACUCGCACUAGAUAA